CUUUGGUUUUCUAGUCUUCACUUCCGUCAGCUAUAGCCUUGGAGAAACUGCAUCAAUGGCGUUGAGAUUGACAUCGCUAAAACGCGCCGCGGUUGAGUCCUGCCGCAUUUUGGAAACCAGAAGCUUCAGCCAUGUCGCUGCGAUGCCGUCCCCCUUGAACGGAGCUUUUGAUCGCCCGAUUUCUAUGCCGCCGCUGGUUUUACCUGAGUUCGAUCAGAAUCAACCGGAUUUGGUCGAUGAAAAGAGCUUCGGAUUCGGGCUUCCUAAUUUUGCUUUUAAUGGAUCCAUGGAGCUAAUGGCUGUGCCUAAGAAGAAGAUUUCUAAACACAAGAGAGGGAUAAGAAAUGGGCCAAAGGCUCUUAAGCCUGUUCCUGUGAUCAUCCGUUGCAGGAGUUGCGGGCGAGUUAAGCUGCCACAUUUCUUCUGUUGCAGCGGUGAGCGGCUAAACCCUACUGAGUAAGGCAAUUCGAACAACUGAUCAAGGUUUCCAAUAUGAUUACUCCUUGUUGGAUAUCAAGAGGGAAAAAUCUUGGCUUUCUUAGUAGUACACUAGAGUGAUAAUAGACUUAUGUGAUGCUG